UUCUAUGUAUGAAAGAAAUUGCAGUAGCUGGUGUGCUUUUUAUAGAUCUGGUUCUUGUAUAAUUUUGCCGCCAUUUGUUUUUCCUACUUUUUGGAUUUUUUUAAUUAUUAUUAUUAUUAUUAUUUUUUAUAAAACCUAACUUUGUAUCUGCAACAGAUCUAGCUGAAAUCAGCUGUUUUUUUCCCAAUUAAGUUACGUUUUCUAAUAUGUUUUUUGGUAAAAUUUUUGUUUAACAUACUCCACAAUCUGUAUUUAGUAUGGUUAAUCUCUCGCUGCACUUUUAAAUUGAAGCCGAGCUUGGUCGAAGCCUUUUUUAAGGAUUUUGAAGGGUUUAGGGUUGGGGUUCGUGUAUGUUUUAGGUGUGGGAAGUUUAGCUCUUCCGGAGGUUGGGUCUAGAUCUGCUGUGAAACUGUGUGUAUCGUGUGGUCCCUUCUGUUUGGUUGCCGAGAAAAUAAGGAAAAUUCCGUGGAAAUGAAUUAAUUAGGAAAAUAUAGUUUUCUGUGUUUAUUUCUCUCUCUCUUUUGUUAGGAGGAGAAAUUUAUGAGCUCUGCUUUGACUAGGCCAGGUGGUUGUGGCGUUCUUCUGUGGAAUCAAAUUUGUAGUUCAAGAUGAAUCAUUGUAAUCUUCAGCAGAACGUCUUUGUGGCCUGUGAAGAGAUGACGAGGGGCCCUGCUUUGGUCUCUGAUCCAAAGGACCCUGUUGUUUGCCCCAAGCCUCGGCGAGUUGGGAUUCUAUCUAACAAUAUGUUGAAGCCCCUGAGAUUGCAUAUGAGCAGUCAACAAUCUGAGUUAUGUGAUUCAAAAGCUGGAUCAGAGCUUCUGGACAUCAUUCUCAUGAAGGAGGGUUUUGGGGCAGAACAAUCUGCUGGUUAUGUAGCUUCUUCACCGCCAUAUUUUUGUGGGUCUCCUCCAAGCAGGGCUGCUAACCCGUUAGUGCAGGAUGCCCGAUUUGGAGAUGAGAAGCCCCUUCCGGCAUUGCCAUUUGCAUCCCCAUCGGGUUUGUCUUCUCCAUCAUCAGCGGCACGUAAAGGAGGUUGUGUCAGAAUGAAGUAUGGACUUAAACCGGCUGCAGUUAGAGUAGAAGGAUUUGAUUGUCUCAACAGGGACCGCCAGAAUUCUAGCAUCCCUGCCAUGGCUUGAAACUCCGGUAAAGGAAUUGUAUAUAGAAGGAAGUUGAAUGCCACCACAAUUCACAAACAUAGCAGACUUAACCAGAGGAGGGAAUUUUGAAUAUUUUUGGAGAGAAUUGAGAUCUGUUGCUACUGUAUAUAGGAUAUGUUUUGUCCGUAAUCUUCUCAUUGCUAAUAUUGUCUGUAAGUAUUUUAAUUGAACAUAAAACAUAGACAGACCUUUUGUUCUCGAGGAAAGGUUUGGGUAUGCUUAAAAGAGCGUGGCUCCUUUUUUGUAAUAUAAGAUAGGUCAGUAUCGAGGAGUCCUUUUUUUCCUUUUCUUUGGUCAGUUUAAAUCACGGGGAAAAAAAUUCUGUAUAAAAUCCUAUUGUGAUUUACUGAUCUAGUUUGGUCAUUUACCAAUGUAAAUUGUAUCCUCGUAAUUGCUAAUUGCUUGGACUUGUUAUUAUUUGGA